AUGGCCAAAGUUCUACCAGGCGAUGUGGUCGGUUCAACAACCACGCACCUCGCAGGCCCAGGUACUCAUGUACACGACUCAAAGAUCUGUGCAUCGAUCAUCGGUUCCGUUUCGACCGUAUCCGCUUCCAGCAAAUCUGGCAAACCCACCCUGAGCAUUCCUCGACUACCAUCAAGAUCCUCAUCCCAACCCCUCAAACUGAACACGCUCCCAGCCCUGAACAGCACCGUCCUCUGCCGCAUCACGCGUGUCCAACAACGGCAAGCCUCCGCGUCAAUCCUUCUUGUGGACGCUUCUCCAACGACCCUCCUCCCCGCAUCCCUGACCCAUCUGACAAGCACAACCGCGAGCUCGGAGGAUAUCUACUUUUCCGCCGUGCUGCGGCGAGAAGAUGUCCGGCUGACGGAGAAGGACAAGAUCGUCAUGAAUGAGAGCUUCAGGGUUGGGGAUAUCGUGCGGGCGACCGUUAUCAGCUUGGGUGAUGAGAAGAAUUACUACAUCAGUACCGGGGGGAAUGAGUUUGGGGUCGUGAUUGCGAGGAGUGAGGAGGGAAACGCGAUGGUGCCGGCUAGCUGGAAGGAGAUGAAGGAUGCGGUGACGGGGAGGGUGGAGCUGAGGAAGGUGGCGAAGCCGGUAUUCCAAUAUGGCAUGCUCAGAGUACGGUCUGGAGCGAGACAGCCCGCAACCAAGCCGACAGAGCCUGUUCCUCGGUGGCUUGCCACGAUCCACAGGUUGCCCGAGUCGCGACAGCUUCGCUCUCCAACCAUGGACGAAGUCAUCUCGCCAUCAGAGCAAAGCGCUUUGCAAUCACGCCAGAGAGAAGCAGCAUGUCUACGCCACCGCGAUGCAGGCAUAUUCCUGCUUGCACAUACCGCCCCGCUCCAUCCGCAGUCUGUUCCCAUGCGGAAGCGAUAUUCUACCUGA